AUGCCUUUGGUCACUCGAUCUCUCCUUUCUGGCUUGUCAGUGCAUCCUUACACCAAGUCCAACUUCCCCACUGCCUUGCCAUCUCUCACCUCCUCUAGAUCUUCUAUCUCUACACUAGCCCAGCAGCCUACACCUACUUUAUCGCAGCCCAACGUGCGUCUUCCUUCGGCUCCUUUCGCCUCGACAUUGGCCAUCGGUGCACUUGCUGUCUACCUGGCUAGAACGCCCAUCCAACGCACCUUCACCACCUCUCUCCGCCAGACUGCAGCGAUCAUGCCAGCUGAAGGCGCCGCAUCUUCCUAUUCAGGCCUCGUGAACGGCAACCUGCCUUCCGCAUAUGGCAACUUCGACCUCGUCACUCGCCACGAUCUCGAUUAUGCUCCCGGCAUGUCAGUCGAAAAAUGGAAGUCGCGCAAGACUGGCCUCACCGUUCUAUGGGCCAACUUCGAUUCACCCCUUCUCAACUGCUACAUGACUCUUGCAUCCGAGAUCUUUGAGGAUUCUGGUGUGCCACACACGCUUGAGCAUCUCAUCUUCCUUGGUUCCGACCUUUACCCCUUCAAAGGUGUUCUCGACACUCUUGCCAACCGCGCUUUCGCCAGUGGCACCAACGCUUGGACCGCCAACGAUCACACCACAUACACCCUCACCACUGCCGGCUCUGAUGGAUUCUUGCGCAUGCUCCCUGUCUACCUCGACCACGUCUUUUUCCCAACUUUGACGAAACAAGGUUUCGUGACAGAGGUCUACCACGUCAACGGCAAGGGUCAAGAUGCCGGUGUAGUGUUCAGCGAGAUGCAAGGACGUGAAAACUCGCCUGCUGAUUUGAUGGAGCUCAAGUCUCAGCGUAUGCUCUACCCCACAUCAUCUGCUUACCGUUCCGAAACCGGUGGACUUAUGUCGGCAUUGCGUGUUCUCAACAUCGACAAGAUCCGCGAUUACCACCACCAGUACUACGCUCCUCACAAUGCUGCCCUCGUCGUAUGUGGACCUCUCGCACGUUCCGAUCUGCUCGACUCGCUGGCUCCUGUCGAAGAGCGUCUCAUCACCAAGCGUGAUGCUCAGCCUCAAGGCCCAAGAGGGUGGAAACGACCUUUUGUGGAGACAGACUCUGCUGUCCCGCCCACCAUCGAUGGGUCUAAGACAGAGCAGCCAGGUCUCGACCCAGCCGAUCCACCCGCAGAGGGUUCUCAGCUAGAUCCCAAACGUAGACGUGCUUUCGUUGACUUUCCCGAGAAGGACGAAAGCGUUGGUGAGAUUCAGAUCUCUUGGGUCGGUCCCAAAUUUCAAGACUGGAUGACGUGCGAAGCGGUUAACAUCCUCAGCACUUAUCUUACGGAUUCGCCCGUCUCGGCGAUUCAAAAGGCAUUUGUGGAGCGCGAUGAUCCACUCUGCACGGAUGCCUAUAUUGGUGCGACUGACAAGGCUGGUGCUACCACGCUUUCGGCCUAUUUCUCUUCGGUCCCUACUGAGCAGCUGGACAAGCUCGAUCAGCAGCUAAUCGAUCUUCUGGCCAAUAUCGUACAGGAGGGUAUCGAUAUGGAGAGGAUGCGCAUGGUUAUUAAGCGCGACAAGCUCAAGGUUCUUUCUCAGCUAGAGACUAAGCCUGCUGAUUCUUUCGCUGAUUUGCUUAUUACUGAUUUCCUCUACGGCAAGCGAACUGGUGAGGACCUUCACACGGCAUUGGAGGACAUGAAGAGGUACGAUGAGCUGUUGACUUGGAAGAACGAACAGUGGACAGAGUUGUUGCAAAAGUACUUUGUUGAUAAUGCACGCCUCGUUGUAGUUGGUCGACCGUCUUUGGCGCUGUCGAAUAAGCUCAAGGCCGACACGAAGACACUAGAGGAGAAGACAAGGAAGGAGUUGGGCGAGGCAGGGUUAAAGAACUUGGAAGAGCAAUUGGAAGAGGCGAAGAAGGAAAACGACAAACCGAUUCCAGAUGAGAUGUUGAAGCAGUUCAAGAUCCCACGCACUGACAGUAUCAAGUGGAUCCCUGUGGGGACUGCUCAGUCCCUCCCUACCAUCACCGCUUCCUCUUCUUCCGCUGGUGCGAAGGGAGAAGCGACGACAGCGUACGGAAUCAAAGUGGACACAAAAGCCAACGAGCUCGAUUCACAGAUCCAGAAGCACGUCGAUGCGGAUCCUGCCUCGCUGCCAUACUUUGUGCAGUUCGAUCAUGUUUCUUCUGCUUUCGUUUCGAUUUCGUUGGUAUUUGGCACGACGGAUCUUCCAAAGGAGCUGCGCUCGCAAAUGCAGCUCUAUCUCUCGGUUUUCUUCUCUCUCCCCAUCAUUCGACAGGACUCGACUCAGGCUUCGCUGACCUACGAACAAGUAGUAAAAGGCCUCGACGAAGACACUUUGGAGUACGACGUGUCGCUCGGCACGGGCGGAUUCGGCGAACUUGUUUGUGCAGAACUCAAACUCGAACGUGCCAAUUACGAAAAGGGGAUUGCUUGGUUGCGCGAUCUCCUCUGGGGCUCUCAAUUUGCGGUUGACAGAUUGAAGGUUUCGAUCAGCAAAAUCAUCCAGAGCUUACCGGAGCAGAAGAGGAAUGGUCGAGCCAUUGCCUCUGCUUUGAGUCGAAGUCUUACACACGACGGGGAUAAGUCGACGAAUCUCGCGAAUAGUGUUCUUCAGCUGGUACAGACGAUGCCUGCGUUGCAGGAGAAGCUCAACUCGAACCCGGAGCAGGUUGUGGAGGACUUUGAGAUGAUUCGUUCCGCCUUGCUUCGACCGGAAAAUCUGCGAGUGUCGGUAGCGGGAGAUAUUCUGGCUUUGCCUAAACCGAAGAGUUCUUGGGCUGAACACUUUACGCACUCUUCGUGGAGUGAGGAGCCGGUGAAGCAGACGUUGCCCGUGCCGUGGAGUAAAGAUAUGCUGACACUGCUAGGAAAGACUCCGAGCAAGAAGGGAUUGAUUACAGCUUUGCCUACUGUGGAGAGUAGUUAUUCCUAUUUCACUACUAAGGGUAUUUCGUCGUACACGCACCCAGAUGCUCCCGCGCUCAUCACCACGAUCACCAUCCUCAACGCUAUGGAGUCUUUCCUUUGGCGAUACAUCCGAGGUGCAGGUCUAGCUUACGGGGCGAGCAUUGUCAGCAACCCCGAAUCGCAAUUGAUUCACUUCAGUCUCUACCGCUCCCCUGACUCGGCCAAAGCCUUUAUCGAGGCUAGGAAGGUGAUUCAAGCUCUUUGCGGUCAAUCAGGAGAACUACAACUCGAAAUCGACUCUACCACCCUCGAAAGUGCCAAAUCUUCUUUGCACUUCAACAUCGCCGAAGCUGAAGGAACGCUUUCUGGUGCCGCUCAAGAGUCGUUCUUUGAUCAGGUACUUAAGAAUGCACCGAAGAACAGGGGUAAAGUGUUGUUGAAGGCUGUGCAAGAGGUGACUUUGGAAGAUGUUAAGAAGAGUUUAGGCGAGUAUAUUCUGCCAUUGUUCGAUCCGGAAAGGAGUUUAGCUGCUGUAGUUGCGCCGCAGAGUAAAAUGGAGGAGAUUGAGAAGCAGUUGGAAGAGGUAGGGUACAAGAUGGAGCGGGUGGAAAUCGAUUUAGGGAAGGACGAUGAUGGUGAGGAGAGUGAGAGUGGGAGUGAGGAUGGGAGCGAGGAUGGGAGUGAGGAUGGGAGCGAGGAUGGGAGCGAGGAGGAGAGCGAGGAGGAGAGUGGCAGUGAGAGUGAGGAUGAGGGUCUGCGCUAG